AUGGCCUCCGAGACCCACAUGCCAAACCCCAACUGUCUCAUUGAGUACUCUAAUGGGCAGCUGAAGGUGAAUCAGGAAGCUCUGGAGAUCCUGUCUGCCAUCUCCCAGCCCGUCGUGGUCGUGGCUAUUGUGGGCCUGUACCGCACAGGCAAAUCCUACCUGAUGAACAAGCUGGCUGGAAAGAAAAAGGGAUUCUUUGUGGGCUCCACAGUGCAGUCUCACACCAAAGGAAUCUGGAUGUGGUGUGUGCCUCAUCCCAAGAAGCCAAACCAGACUCUAGUUCUGCUGGACACCGAGGGCCUGGGAGAUGUCGAGAAAGGUGACAAUCAGAACGACUCCUGGAUCUUUGCCUUGGCAAUUCUGCUGAGCAGCACCUUUGUGUAUAACAGCAUGGGAACCAUCAACCAGCAGGCCAUGGACCAACUGCACUAUGUAACUGAACUGACAGAUCGAAUCAGAGCAAGAUCCUCAUCCAACACAAGCGAAGUUCAAGACUCAGCUGACUUUGUGAGCUUCUUCCCAGACUUUGUGUGGACCCUGAGAGAUUUCUCCCUGGAAUUAGAAAUAGAUGGAAAGUCCAUCUCUCCAGAUACCUACCUGGAGAAUUCCCUGAAGCUAAAGCAAGGUUCUGAUGAGAAAGUUAAAAAUUAUAAUCUCCCCCGACUCUGCAUCCGCAAGUUCUUCCCAAAGAAGAAAUGCUUUGUCUUCGAUAGACCCACUCAGCGAAAGAAGCUGGCCCAGCUGGAGACACUACAUGAUGAUGAGCUGGACCCGGAAUUCGUGGAACAAGUUGCAGAAUUCUGCUCUUAUAUCUUCAGUUCUUCCAGGACUAAAACUCUGCCGGGAGGCAUCCAGGUCAACGGACCUCGUCUAGAGAGCCUGGUGCUGAACUACAUCGCUGCCAUCAGCAGUGGGGAUCUGCUCUGCAUGGAGAGUGCAGUCCUGGCCCUGGCCCAGACAGAGAACUCAGCUGCAGUGCAGAAAGCCUUGGCACACUAUGACCAGCAGAUGGGCCAGAAGGUGCAGCUGCCCACAGACACCCUGCAGGAGCUGCUGGACCUGCACGGAGCCUGUGAGAGGGAGGCCAUUGAGAUCUUCAUGAAACAUUCUUUCAGUGAUCUUGAUCAAGUGUUUCAAAAGGAAUUGGAGACCCAGCUAGAAAAGAAGUGUGAUAACUUCUGUGAACAGAAUAAGAAAGCAUCUUCAGAUCUUUGCUCAGCUUUACUGCAGAAAAUUUUCAGUCCCCUAGAAGAAGAAGUGAAGCAAGGAAUUUACUCGAAACCAGGGGGCUACCGGCUCCUUCUUCAGAAGUUGCAAGACCUGAAGAAAAAGUACCAUGAGGAACCCAAGAAGGGGAUAGAGGCUGAAGAGGUUCUUCAGAAUUAUAUGCAGUCCAAGGAGGACAUGACUAAUGCUAUCCUACAGACAGACCAGACCCUCACAGAGAAAGAAAAGGAGAUAGAAGUGGAACGUGUGAAAGCUGAAUUGGCAAAUGCUGCCACAAAAAUGAUGGAAGAAAUGCAAAAGAAGACUCAGGAGAUGCUGGAGCAAAAAGAGAAAAGUCACCAGGAGCAUAUCAGACAGUUGACCAUGAAGAUGGAGGAGGAGAGUGCCCAGUGGAAAAAAGAGCAUCAGGAGACUCUGGCUCUCAAACUGCAGGAACAAGCCAGUCUCUUAAGAGAAGGAUUCCAAAAUGAGAGCAGACUACUUCAUAUGGAGAUGGAGCGUCUCAAGGACACCAUUAAUAACACACAUAGACGAUGUGUCAUACAAUAA